UUUCAAAUUGUAAUAUUACAAUAGAUGUUUAAUGUAAUAUUACAAUAGAUGUUUAAUCAUAUAUUAAAUAUAUGUAACUCCAUGAAUCAAAGCAAAAAUAAUAUGCAAUAUCAGUAAAAAAAACAAAGCAAAUUAUAAAUACUAAUAUUUAAAGAAUUUUAAAUAAUUUUAUAUAUAAGUUAUAUAUAUAUAAUUUUAUUUAAGUUUUACACUAUUUUUAUUUACUAAAUUUAUUAUAUUAGUUAUUAGAAUUUUUAAAAGUUAAUAAUUUUUAUUUUUUAAUAAACCAUUAUUACUUUAUAUUAUUUUGAUUUUUGAUUUUUGAUUUGUACUGUUCGAAUCAGAUAUCCGAUUAAAAAUCUAAAAAAACCAUAUAUCCGAGACGUCAAAUAUCCGAAUGCCAAAGAUACCAAAUAUCCGGAUGCCUAAAGAUGAAAUCGGAUCAAAUAAUUAAUUAUCCAAAUGAAAUUGAUUGGACCACAAAUACCUCCAAAAAAACUUGAUAUUUUAUCCGUGCCCACCCCUGUGCCCACCCCUAGACCAUGUUGAACCAACGACAUCUUGGACUUUAUUUAUUCAUCUCACUACCCAAUAAUGAUUCCUCCUCACACCAACUCUCCAUGUCUCUAAUUAAUUAAUAGUGGAUGUUAGGUGUGUUCGUUUUAUGUGUCCAUUUGUCUAUCCGCAAAUAAUGUUUACAGGUCUCACCAACUCUCUGUGACUCCAAGUCUCCAGCAAAUUAAUAAAACAUGUGAAAUGUACUUUCAAAUUAUUUUUAGUAUCAUGUUACCGUUUUAUAUGAUCGUUCCUCUUAUCACCCCAUGAUUAUACAAAGUCAAAGUCUUCUUUACUUUCCUACCGUUUCUCCUAUUAUGGAAGCUUCAAAAAAUCUUCUUCAAACACCUGCAAAUUUCAUGAAGGUCGAUAGUUUGAGCCAAGAAUGUGAAAAUCUGAUCUCUUCUUUACCUUCAGAGAAAGAUUUCAUGGGAAAAAACCUCUAUAGUUAUCAAGGAUCUUGGUACUAUCCCAGCACACUCCAAGCAAUCCUAUACUUCCAAAAACAUUUCCGAGCACGAGACAGCGAUAUCAUCCUAGCUUCUUUCCCCAAAUCAGGAACCACCUGGCUCAAGGCUCUUGCAUUUGCCGUCGUCCAUAGAAACAAGUACGCUCCUAAUCUUGUAUCACAUCCCCUCCUCUCCGACAAUCCCCACAACCUCGUUCGGUUUAUUGAACUUGAUUUAUAUGUUAAGAGCCAACGUCCUGACCUAGAAGAGCUUCCUUCGCCUAGGCUUUUUGCAACCCACAUGCCGUUUCAAACGCUUCAUGAUUCUCUAAGAGAUUCUCCAUGCAAAGUGGUUUACAUGUGCAGGAACAUAAAAGAUGUGUUGGUCUCUCGUUGGCAUUUCAGGAGCAAUGUUGUUAGAAAAGAGUUAUAUAGUAACUAUUCACUCGAAGAUAUGGUUGACGAAUUUAUCAAAGGGGUUUACUCGUUGGGACCGUUUGAUGAUCAAGUCUUACGUUAUUGGAAAGAGAGUUUGGUGAACUCGAAUCAGGUACUCUUCAUGAGGUAUGAAGAAAUGAUAGAGAAUCCUGAGGCUCAAGUUAUGAGGCUCGCAGAUUUCUUGGGUUGUUCGUUCACUGAAGAAGAAAAGCAAAGUGGAACGGUGGAGAAGAUCUUGGAACUGUGUAGUUUUGGUAACUUGAGUAACUUGGAGACCAACAAGACUGGGACAUCUGUUUGUGGAGUUGCUCCCCAUGCGUUUUUUCGUAGAGGAGGAGUUGGUGACUGGAAGAAUCAUCUCACUCAUGAGAUGGCAAGAAAACUCGAUGAGAUGGUUGAGAAGAAAUUAGGAGGUUCAGGGUUGAAGUUUGAAUGAUCCAAGUUCGCUUGAUGUUUGAUAUUCAAGAAAAGAACUUGUUAUGAUAAAGAUUGUAUGAAAGCUAAGGUCGAAUCUUGUACGCCAAAGUGGUCAAGAGGAUUGGGACUUUGGAGAAUUUCUAUGAACUAGGAGUCAUUAGAGCAUCAUUAACCUGGAGACCCAUUUAAGGUCUCUUAAUUUUUUUUAAUAGUAAUUGUGAGCUAAGAGACUCCGAUAAGAGACGACAACAUUUAUAUGUCCAAUGCAAGUUUCUUAAUUAAGGUUUCUUAAAAAAAUUUUAAACAUUCUCAACA